GUCCUAAUCUGAAUCAGCUGUUUUCUAAGUGCUAUUGGAGAGCUGGAAAGUUGAGAUUGGAUGAAUUCUUUCUUUUUCUUUCAUAGAGACGCCUUGGUUUAUUACUGUAUAUACUGUGUUUCAUGGUAAAGCAUUUGCAAAUAUUUUGGAGUGGCCUUUAUAACAUGACCGAUGAAGUUAAGAAGUAUUUCAAUGGAUUACUGCACAAGGUCAAUGGUUUAUAUGUAAUACAAGUCACGGACAGAGAUGGAGUGCCACUGCUGCGCGUGAGUCAGAAUAAAAAUUUAGAUUUUGCACUAAUGCCUUCUUUCAUUCCCACAUUUGCUACUGCCAGUGAGCAGGCCGGGAAAUUGGGUUUAGGACGUAACAAAGUAAUUAUUUCCAUGUAUUCAAAUUACCAGGUGGUACAAAUGAAUAAGCUACCCUUAAUUUUAACCUUUGUUGGCGGCGAGCACUGCAACACGGGCCAUAUUUUAGCUUUGGAGCAUCAAUUAGAUGUUCACUUGGGAGACAUCAAAUUAGCUGUAAACGAAGCGUAACAUGAAAGACUUACAAUGUAGGCUACAGUUAAUCAUAUUGCCCAAUAUAAUUAAAUUAUGUGCAAGUUA